AUGGCUACUUACAUCAAAUCCACUCAUCUUAACAAAAUGGGUGCUAUAUUUGUUGCUUUUUCUCUAUACAUAUCUUUUCUUGGUUGUGUUUGUGAAGCUAGGAUUUACACGGGCAAAGGCGCAUUUGUCCGAACCAAAGGCUCAAACUUUGUUGUCAAUGGUUCACCUUUUUUGUUCAAUGGUUUUAAUGCAUAUUGGAUGAUGAAUGUAGCCGCUGAUCCAAGUGAACGAUACAAAGUUAGCCAAGUCCUACAAGACGCUGCGAAUGAUGGUCUUUCGGUUUGUCGCACAUGGGCUUUCGCCGAUGGUGGUGGUUAUAACGCGUUACAAAUUUCGCCAGGAGUAUAUAAUGAACUUGUAUUUCAGGGAUUGGAUUUUGUGGUGGCAGAAGCAAGAAAAUAUGGUAUUCGGUUGAUAUUAAGUUUUGUUAAUCAUUUUAAAGACUUUGGAGGGAGACCACAAUAUGUUGAGUGGGCUAGAAACUCAGGCGUUCAAGUCAGCAGUUAUGAUGAUUUCUACACAAAUCCUAUAGUUAAAGGGUAUUACAAAAAUCAUGUUCAAAGAGUUAUAACAAGAAUCAAUACAAUCACCCAAAUCGCGUAUAGUCAUGACCCCGCGAUCAUGGCAUGGGAACUCAUUAACGAGCCACGGUGUCAAUCUGAUUACUCCGGACGAACUAUUAAUGAUUGGGUUCAAGAAAUGGCUUUGUUUGUUAAGUCAUUGGAUCGAUAUCAUUUGUUGGAGAUCGGUAUGGAAGGCUUUUAUGGAGACACAAUGCCGGAAAAAAAACAAAUAAACCCGGGUUACCAAGUUGGAACCGAUUUCAUCAGCAACAAUCUUAUUAGGGAAAUUGAUUUCGCCACGAUACAUGCCUAUCCUCAUCGAUGGUUGUCUGGAAAAGAUGAAGAUUCUCAAAUGGCAUUUAUGCAAAGAUGGAUGUGGAGUCAUUUCAAAGAUUCAAGAACUAUCCUAAAGAAGCCCCUAGUGAUAGCUGAAUUUGGGAAGUCAAGCAAAGAUCCAGGUUAUAACAUUCACAAAAGGGAUUCAUACAUGAGAGAUGUUUAUAGAAACAUUUUCAUGGAGGCAAGAAGUGGAGGGACAGUUGGUGGUGGUUUAGUGUGGCAGCUUAUGGCGGAUGGGAUGGGUUCCUACGGCGAUGGGUACGAAAUUAUCUUGUCUGAAAACCCGUCCACGGACAACAUCAUGUCUCAGCAGUCUCGCGCCAUGACAUCUCUGUCGCAUUUGUUAAGAAUUCGGCAUCAUCAACAUCCGCCUAGGGCUGGCUCAACCUUUUUUUAG